CACAUCUCCCUCUCCCCUCUCCCCUUCCAUCCCAUCCCACGCAAUGCCGCCUCGUCGCAGUGCCCGUGCCUCAGCCGCGGGCUCUGCGCCUGCGCCUGCGCCCGCUGCGCAGCGCUACGCCGACUCGCCCGAGUCGCCCGCCACCACCACCGCCACCACCACGGCCCCAGCCUCGGGCCUCUCCACGCCCGCCACCAGCGUCGGCGGCGCUGCCUCUGUCGCUGCUCGUCACCCGCGCGAGGGCAGCCUCGACUCGUACGCCUCGUCGGACGGCAGUCUGCCCGAGCGUCGCUUCGCCGUCAUCCCGCCGCUGCCCGCAAGCCGCAAGCGCAAGGCGGCAGCGCCCGUCUUUGCCGCCGCCGCGCCCGACGCGGCCGAGGCAAGCGGCGGCAGCGACAUCGAGUUCGUCUCGCAUGCCGCGGCGCCCAAGGUCAAGGCCGAGCCCAAGCGCAGCCUGCGCCGCACCAAGCCGCAGCGUGUCGUGUCGCCUGAAGACGAUGGCUUCCUCUCUGGCCCUUCGCUCGGCGACGCCAGCUUCAGCGGCGGCGGUGGCGGCGGAUUCUUCGCUGCCGACGCUCCGCACGACGAGCCGCCCGCGAAGAGUGCCGCGCGUGGCAACAAGGCCGUGCCGCGCCGCAUCGAGGCGCUGAAGCCCCUGGCGGAGCUGUACAGCGACGAGGAGGAAGAGGCAGAGACGACGCGGCUGCUCGCACAGUCGCGCGCGGCGCGCGCAGGAGAGACGCCGCGCCAGCUCGCUGCGCUCACCGCCAACGCCAGCGCCAAUGCCCCGAGCUCGGGCUCGCGCCCGCGUCCCGCGCGUGCGGCGCGGCCGAAGAGCUUCAAGGGGCUGCUGAGUGAGGAUGAGGAGGCCGUGGCGGACUCCUGGGACGCUCUCUCCGAGGCCCUGGCGCUGCGUCUGCAGGCGGAAGAAGACGAGCGUGUCGGUGCGGGUGGCUUUGUCAAGCAUGAAGGCGGCUUCGACGACGACGACGACGACGGAGGAUCAGACUUUGGCACGCCUGCUCCCCGCGCCGGCCCCUCGCGCAUCAAGGCUGCUGCGGCGCCGAAGCCUCGCGCUCGCGGCCGCGCGACGAAGAAGGCGCGCAUCGAGACGUCGGAGGAGUACGAGGCGCCGCUGCUCGGCAGUGAUCUGAGCGAUGCGCCGAGCGACGACGAGGGCGCCGAGGGCCUGCAGGAGGAUCAGCGCUGGGAGACUGCCAUCCAGCGCGAGAAGCGCCUGAAGCGCCGCAAGACGAAGAAGGGCAAGCAGAGCCAGUACGAGCGUGCGCACGGCCAGUUCAGCGUGCAUCAUCCCGAGCUGGCCACCGUGUGGACGGACCUUGCGGCCACUGCCGAGCCGGUGCCGCAGCAGGCGGCGCAGCCCGAGGGCCUGACGAUCAAGCUGCUGCCGUUCCAGCUCGAGGGCCUGCACUGGCUCAAGGCGCAGGAGGCCAGUGCCUGGAAGGGCGGCCUGCUCGCAGACGAGAUGGGCAUGGGCAAGACGAUCCAGAUGAUCUCGCUCUUCCUCAGCGACCGCAAGAAGCCCGUGCUCGUCGUCAUUCCGACGGUGGCGAUCAUGCAGUGGAAGAAUGAAAUUGCAAAGUACACGGAGAACUUCAAGGUGCUCGUCUGGCACGGCUCGGACCGCGAGACGGAUGCGGCCGAGGUGCAAAAGUACGACGUGGUGCUGGCGACGUACGCCGUGCUCGAGUCUUCCUUUCGCAAGGAGCACCAGGGCUUCAAGCGCAAGGGCGUCACGAUCAAGGAGCCGAGCGCCGUGCACGCCAUCCACUGGCACCGCAUCGUGCUCGACGAGGCGCACAACAUCAAGGAGCGCUCGACGAACACGGCCAAGGCGGCCUUUGAGCUCAAGGGCACGUUCCGCUGGUGCCUCUCCGGCACGCCGCUGCAGAACCGCGUGGGCGACCUGUACUCGCAGAUCAAGUUUCUCGGCGGCGACCCGUUCUCCUUCUACCUCUGCAAAAAGUGCCCCUGCAAGUCGGCGUACUGGUCGUUUGAGAACAACCGCUACUGCCGCACGUGCGGCCACACGGCCAUGUCGCACGGCAACUUCUGGAACCAGGAGGUGCUGAAGCCGAUCCAGCGCGGCGGCGCCUCGCACGGCGAGGGCGGCGAUGCGUUCAAGCGCAUGCGCCUGCUGCUCAGCCGCAUCAUGCUGCGGCGCACCAAGAUUGAGCGCGCCGACGACAUGGGCCUGCCGCCGCGCACGAUUGUCGUGCGGCAGGACAAGUUCAGCGAGGAGGAGGAGGACCUCUACACGAGCCUCUACCAGGAGGGCACGCGCAAGUUCAACACCUACCUCGACCAGGGCACCGUGCUGAACAACUACAGCAACAUCUUUACGCUGCUGACGCGCAUGCGGCAGAUGGCCUGCCACCCCGACCUCGUGCUGCGCUCAAAGACGGGCAUGGCGGCAAAGAUGCUGGGCGAGGCGGCGGGCGAGGGAGUGCAUGUGUGUCGGCUGUGCACGGACGAGGCAGAGGACGCCAUCAUGUCCAAGUGCCGGCACAUCUUCUGCCGCGAGUGUGUGCGCACCUACUACGAGAGCAGCACGGCCGAGGGCGGCGUGCCCGACUGUCCGCAGUGCCAUGCGCGCCUCACGAUUGACCUCGAGCAGGAGGAGCUCGAGCCGCCGGCGCAGCUGGCCGAGCAUCAGAAGGGCCGCCAGGGCAUCCUGGAGCGCCUCGACAUGGACAAGUGGCGCUCGAGCAGCAAGAUUGAGGCGCUGGUGGAGGAGCUGGAGCGCAGCAAGCGCGAUGACAGCACAACAAAGAGCAUCGUCUUUUCGCAGUUCGUCAACUUCCUCGACCUCAUCGCGUUCCGCCUGCAGCGCGCGGGCUACAAGAUCUGCCGCCUCGAGGGCGGCAUGUCGCCGCAGGCGCGCGACAAUACGAUUCAGCACUUUAUGAAGAACGCCGACGUCACGGUGUUCCUCGUGAGCCUCAAGGCGGGCGGCGUGGCGCUGAACCUGACCGAGGCGUCGCGCGUGUAUCUCAUGGACCCGUGGUGGAACGGCUCGGUGAUGGCGCAGUCGGCCGACCGCAUCCACCGCCUGGGCCAGUAUCGCCCCAUUGUCAUCCGCUACAUGGUCAUCGAGGACAGCAUCGAGUCGCGCAUUCUGGAGCUGCAGUACAAGAAGCAAAACAUGAUCAACGCCGCCCUCUCGUCGGACGACGCGGCGAUGAGCCGCCUCUCCGUCGCCGACCUGCAGUUCCUCUUCCAGCUCUAGGCCUCUCUCGGCCUCUCUUCGCGGCACGUCACCUUUCUCACGACCCGACACACGCACGCGCGCACAGCGCACAUACACGCACACCGUUCCCAAGACUUGGCUCCCCUGUUCUCGCAUGUAGCACCGCCACCGACCUCUAAUGACGACCUAGCCGUGACCUCCAC